GAGUCUGCGUUCGUGGAUUAGGGCAUGACGAGACAAAGCCUGUUAUCUUCCCUCGUGACGUCAUCAAGGAUUUAACCGAAGCAACAAGAAGGAACAUUAUAAAGUCUAUGCUGUGAGAUUCCUCGUGAUUUCGACACUGAAUGAGGUGUAAAUAACUAAGAACUAUUUUUUUCUCUCUCUCUCUUUCUUUUUCUUUUUUUGGAAAGGAGAAUUGUUAAGAGGGAAGAGAAUGAGAAGGAAGAAAAAUGAGAGAAAAUAAAAUGUAAUGGAUAUCUGAUCAAUUCAGUGUCGUUCGUGGUGCGUGUGAUAUUUCGUUCAUUGUGGUAUUUAUUUAUAUGUUUUUAUUUCAUCACUUUUAAAUAUCAAAAAGAUGUGAUUUCUUUUUUUUCAUUAGGGAGGGGAAGUUUAAACCAAGCAAGUGAGGAAAAGAGAGAAAGGAAAGAAGGAAGGAAGGAAUAGAUUAAUAAACAGCUUCCCAGAAUUGUAAAAAAAUAUAUAUAUAAGAAAAAGAAAAACAGAAAUAUGAGUUGAUAUUUUUUGGAUGGCCGAACGAACGAUACAACGAACCUAAAUACAUUAAUGCCAAAAUAUUUGUAAAUAUUUGUGUAAAUAUAUAUAAACAAUAGAAACGCAUAUCAUAUUAUAUAUAUAAUAAUAUCUAUCAACAAAAAAACACUUCUAAAAUGCUAGUAACAGGAAUGAUGGAAGCAGACAGAAACAUUUUGCGCUCGUAUCCCCAAGGUCACCAGAAGAACCAGGAAACAGACAGAAGAAAAUAUAAAUCUCACGCAAGCAGCAGACACUUGUCUAUGCGAACGGUCGUGUCUGCCGUCUGCCUGUGCUUCCUUGCGUGGCUGACAACCGUAGAAGGCUGCCGAACAGGGCCAAGAAUACGGUGGCGAACGGACGGGCGUUGCGGUGCCAACUUCCCCCUCCCGAGCAUGGCACCCGCGGAGUGUGAUCCUGACAGUGACCGCCCGUGUUGCAGUGACUAUGGGUAUUGUGGCAACUCGCUCUCGCAUUGCAGCUGCCCGGAUUGCAUCGAUUUUCGAAACGUGAUCAGGGAGCCCAGCUGUUACUACUCCUUCGAGGGGGAGACGGGGGUGCUGGAGUCCCCCAACUUCCCCAACCAGUACCCCCCAGGAAGGGAGUGCUGCUACGACAUCGUCCGCCCUUCCCCCCGCCACUGUGGGGUCAAGCUCACGGUAGAAGCACUGGAUGUCGGGCGAGGGGAAGAGGACGGAUUUUGCCAGAGAGAUUGGCUUAGUCUCCCCUCGUGCGUGCCGGAGAGAGGAACCAGGAUCUGCGGCAACGAAACUGGGCAAGUGUACCACUACCUGUUCCAGCCGGGCGCGGAGGCCAUUCGCUUCGUCUUCCACGCCGGCGAGACGCACGAGGGCAAGCGAGGGUUUAGGAUCAGGUAUGAGGUAAUGACCACGUGCCCGGGGCCAUACCAGACGCAGAAUCCCCCAAUCUCUACAAUACCAGGCACGUCGGGGGCACCGUGCUACACCCGCAUCACGGACUCGCGGGGGACAAUCAACACGCCCUAUUACCCAAAGAAAUAUCCCGAGAGUCUGGACUGUGUCUACGAGUUUAUCAGAUCGGGCGAAGAAGUCUGCGGGAUCAAGAUGCAGACGGUGAACUUCGAGAUGGAGAACCCCGUCAUGACCUUCUUCGGCGGCGCCUGCACGGACUUCCUGCACCUGCCGUCGUGUGGGUUCCUCUGCGGCAAAAUCAACUUCUCCUGGGUGGCCGAGUACCAGCCCGGCGCCACGAGUCUCAAGUUCCAUUUCCACUCGGACGAAACCACGGGCUACCUCGGCUUCCUCGUCAGCUUCGAACAAGUGACGCAGUGCUGACAUCGCUGACAAGGUCUUCCCUCCCCCUUUUAUCACCUUCUGCUCUGUGUAUCCAUCCGCUCCUGACGAAGAAGGCCGUCGCUCAUCUCGUGCUCUGACCUUAUCUGCGUGCGUGACCUUGUCUGAGGUCAGGAAACACGAGGUGGCAUUUCAGGAGGGUUCAACUCAUCCGAUUGUUCGGAUGGCUUUGGCUUCGGCUUUAGAAUGAAAACCUGUGUUUGUGUACACACAUACAUACGCAUACAUGUAUAUACUGUGUGUAUAUCUGUAUGUUAUAUAGACACACACACACACGCACACACACACA